AUGGCCUACUGAGUCCCUUGACUCAAAUUGACAAUCAUUGCAAUGCUCAUUAUUAUCAUGAGAUGUUAAUCCAACGGCAUAAUGUUAAGUAUUAAGCACCAUUACGUGCUGUACGAUUCGAGCAAAGAACAUCAAAUUAACCUCGUUUCGAGCAUAGACCCUACCCCUAGCAGGAAAUCAAAUAAACAUUUUGUGCUUGACUGUUUCCAAACCACCACCCUUUACAGCAGCAUGUGAUCACCAACAUCUCGCACUACGAGGUUGUUGAUAACGUCCUACUAUGCGCCGCUGAUGAAAUCUGCAUCGAUUGUAUUACGCAUGUCAAAUGCCAAGAGUGCAAGGGAGCAGUUACGGCUGGUCUCCGGCAAGCGGACAGCUCGUCAAUAAGAACGGCCGUGUCUUUUCAUACCGGUGGCAUAGCUAAUGGUCGGGCCACUGUAGGCUCUUUUACGGGCGAUCUGUUUCGAUGAGCACCUUCACGGGAUGAUCAGAAUUGAUUGAAGACGACUGACAUUGUGUUCAGGAUCGUACAGUUGAACCAAGCGGGAAAAGAAGAACAAGUUAGAUACACUAAAAUCGGCAAAACAAAUCAAACAGAUUAAGAAAAUGAUGCCACACAGCCAUCGUAUCGUACUUGGACAUCGCUACUUUGUCAUCUCCUUGGCCUUCUCGUUCCUCUUCCACGUCGCCCGUGUCCUUCCCGCCACCACGGGGACAGAUAUCUGUGAGAUCCACAUCGGUGCUAUGAUGAACACAGUAGAAGACAUGGAGACCUUACAGGUAGCGGUCCGGGAGGUGAAUGAGAACAGCCGGAUCCUACCGGGAAACUACAGGCUCAAUGUUACCUCCAUUAUUAUGACCAACAAUCCCAUCCAGUCAGCAAUCAGAGUGUGUGAAAAGAUUAUUCCGAAUGAGGUAUACGCUGUCAUCUCGGGUUACUCUCCUGAGUUGUACAUGUCAUCGGUAUCUGUUUCUUAUACCUGUGGAUUCUAUGGUAUCCCCGUGAUUGGAAUAUCAGCUAGGGAGUGCAUCUUCUCGGAUAAGCACAUCCACAAAUCGUAUCUCCGUACGGUACCAGCCUACUCCCAUCAGGCCAUUGUAUGGGCAGAUAUUGUGGAGCAUUUUGAAUGGAGCAGUGUGGUUAUUAUAACUAGCAGUGACCAAGAUGGCCGUUCAAUUCUCAGCACGUUCAGGAAACGCAUGGUGGAUUACCACAGAUUCAAGAUGGAGAGAUCUAUUACGUAUAAACCUGGAAAUAACAACAUGACAGAUGUACUUAUUGAAGUCAAGAAAUGCCAAGCUAGAGUUAUACUUCUCUACGCGAGUGAAAAAGACGCAUGUACUGUCUAUCAAGACGCACAACGUCUUAACAUGACACAGAGUGGUUAUGCCUGGCUCGUUACUGAGCAGGGAGUUACUGGAGAUGCAUUGGUUUCAGCCCCAGAGGGUGUGAUUGGCAUGCGUCUCAAACACGGUGGAGACACCAAAGCCCACAUCAAGGACUCCGUAAGGGUGGUGGCCAAGGGGAUCCACAGCUUCGUCCAGAAUAAAGGGACUCAACCACCACCAUCCGAUUGCAGACAACCCGGGGAAAGUUUAUGGCCUAGCGGUUCGCUUUAUUACAAAAACCUCCUAGAUGCAAUCAUUUUGCAAGGAGAAACAGGCAUGAUCGACUUUGACGCAAAUGGCGACCGUAAGUCUGCCAACUACGACAUCAUCAACAUUCAGGGCGGUGAAGAAGUUUCUAUUGGAGAGUGGUUGUCAGCGACUGGGCUUGCUACCAACCAGAACACACCAGUGUGGCCCGGCGGGAUACGGGACCGACCAGAAGGCUACGAACUCCCCACUCAUCUAAGGGUGGUAACGCUAAGAAACCCUCCGUUUGUCUACAUAAAUGACAGUGAUCCAGUUACCAAAAAAUGCGUUGGGAAUGAUUCAGUUCCAUGCUUAGCAGCAAACGGAAGUCUCUGGCAGUGCUGCUCAGGUUUCUGCAUUGAUCUCUUAAACUCACUCUCCAAAGAGUUAAACUUCACCUUUGACCUACAUAGCGUCUAUGACAACCAGUUUGGAAAUUACGAAAAGAUCAACGGCACAGAGAAGCGAUGGAAUGGAAUGAUCGGCGAAAUACUUGACGGUAAAGCAGACAUGAUAAUGGCCCCUCUGACCAUCACUAACGAGCGAGCACGUUUUGUUGACUUCUCCAAACCGUACAAGUAUCAGGGCUUGACAAUACUCGUCAAAAAGAUGGAAAUGAACACCAACCUUCUGUCGUUCAUGCGUCCAUUUGAGAUCUCCCUCUGGAUUCUUAUCGGCAUCUGCAUCCAUGUCAUACCGGUAGUAAUCUAUCUACUCGAUAGGUUCAGUCCGUUCUCACAUCGCCGGAAUGAUGAGGAGCAGACGGCAUUGAAUCUCUCUCAGGCAGUAUGGUUCUCAUGGUCAGUGGUGCUCAACAGUGGAGUUGGAGAAAGAACACCACGGAGUUUCGGUGCUCGAGUUCUGGGUGUGGUCUGGGCGGGGUUUGCCAUGAUCAUGGUCGCGUCAUAUACGGCCAACCUCGCUGCAUAUUUGGUCUUAGACCGACCAGAGGCUCGCAUAACUGGUAUCAAUGAUGCAAAGAUUCGAAAUCCAUCGGAUUCUUUUAAGUAUGCAACGGUAAGUAAAAGCUCAGUGGAGAUGUACUUUCGUCGGCAAGUUGAGCUGUCCACCAUGUAUCGAUUCAUGUUAAAGUAUAAUUACGACGAUGCUGAUGACGCUAUUCGUGAUCUCAAGAGUGGUGUCCUAGAUGCGUUCAUUUGGGAUUCAGCAAUGCUUGAUUUCCAAGUUUCUCAGGAUUGUGGGCUUAUUACUGUUGGUGAACUAUUUGGUAGAUCAGGAUUUGGUAUUGGACUCUCCAAGAACAGCAUGUGGACUCAAAAAGUAUCUUUGCGCAUCUUGGAGUUUCACGAAAAAGGGAAAAUCGGUGGGCUGGAAAAUACAUGGAUCACCUCCCAGCAAUGCGGGGUGAAAUCCAUUCAGCCAACAACACUUGGGCUUUCUAGUAUGGGAGGGGUCUUCCUUCUUGUUGCCGGUGGGUUCCUGGUUGGUUUUGUUAUCAAUCGCCUAGAAAUUUUCUGCAAGCGUCAUCAGCAAGCCAAAGAAAGACAGAGUGAGCUUGCCAGGGUCGCCGUGUCAAACUGGAGAGGGACAGUAAGGAGGCGACGCAAAAGGAACAGUGCACGAUAUAUGGUUCCAGCCCCAACGCCAGAACCAGUCAUCAAAAGCAACGGAAUCCAGGGACCUUCUUCACUGGAGAAAGAGAUGGAUGGUGCAAUCCCACUUGCCGUUAUCCAUAGAAGGAGCCGACAUGUACCAAUGUUACAACCUAACUCUUACCACUGGCCCCCAAGUGCUGAACCAUACAGAUCAUCACCAACCAACAGUCUUCAAUCCAACUAAAAAAGGCUUCAAAUUUUUAUAGGUUUUCAUUUUACAGCUGAAUUUGUUUGUGUAUACAAUGCGUAUAAGUAUUGUUUGAAGCUUUGUAUGGUGUGGAGAAAUAAGAAGAAGUUAUAAGUACAAACACAUGGUUGUACCCGCAAGUUUACUAUUAUUUAUAGGUUCUUCUUACAAUGCGUAUAGUUUCCUUGUAAUUUAAAUAUAGUUCUGUAUAUCAGGUGGAUCCCAUAUUUUGUUUUAUCAGCGGGCAGUGAUUGCUGUGUAAAGUGAAUUUAAUGGUAUGCUAAUCAUUUGACCAAGAAAAGGGGGUAAUUUCUUUUAGAAAUCGCACUUGUUGGUAGGCUAAUGGCAGUAAUAAGCAUCCUGCUAUUAAAUGACUUCGUCUGAUAAUUAUUAUAUCCUUCUUAGAAAUUAUUGUAUCCUUUGCUUACAAAUCCGACGAUGACAAAACCAAAAAGUUACCACCUUUAAGAUACCAAACCUCUCUAGUAGUUAGUUCUGUAAACCGAGUUUAGCAAGUUAAAUAACCAGCCGUCGAUUUCACAAAACUAUUCCUAACUUAUAGGACUAAUCUUUAGGACUUAGGACGAGUCCCAAACCCU